ACAAUUUAAGAGUAACUCCAGUUCGCUGAAUCUAAGACAUUCCGGAUUGGAUCAAACAUCUAGUCAAGAUAUUUACCAUGAUCUGGUAGCCAUAGAAUCAGGGAACGGGAAUGUACUCUUAAAGGUACCUAGUAGUCAUGAUGGAUCAGGAAACUUUAUUACAAAAAUGUCAGAACGUAUUGCUGGUACGGGGAGUCAUCAAAAACCCGAUACAUCACCAGUAAGACGAGGUUCUAAAGUUAAUCCUAAUCUAUUGACACCAUAUAGUGGUAAUUAUAAUGGUCUGACAUCACAAACUAGUUUUCUUGCCCCAUCUAAUCAUAAUGAACCAAAUACUACAGAAUCAAUUGUAGAAGGACUUGGAUUAUAUUUAACUAAUAAAUCUAGUGAAAGAGUAGGAGGAUUAACUAAAACAUCCAGUUAUGAACCAAAUCAAGAAUCUAUAGUACAAAAUUUAAGUAAUCAAUCAUGGAAACGACUUUCAUCUCAUCAUACUCCCCAUUCAACAACCGUUGGUAAUAUGUAUAUAUUUGGUAAAUCCUUAAAAUUAUUUUCUCCUCAAUCCAAAUUAAGACAAUUAUGUUAUAAGACAUUAACUUAUAGUUGGGUUAAUACUACAUUAUUAAUUCUUUUAUUUUUACAAACAGGACUUUUGGCUUAUCGACAAUGGAAUCCAUUACAUCUUCAUGGAUAUGUUUCCGAAGGGUAUAAUUGGGCAGAUUAUGUAUUAAUAAUGAUUAAUAUUAUUUAUACGGUAGAAGUAGUAGGUAAAAUUAUAUCUUAUGGAUUUGCUGAUGAUCAUAUAAUGUAUGAAGAAUUGGGACUUGAUUAUCCUGAAUCAGAAAUCAAACAAUUCUACUUCAAUCCAAAGUAUAUUCGAAUAUUAUUAAGAUCAUUAGGGUUAUAUACUUCUAAAGCACUGGCUGCUAAUCUCAGAUCACGUUUUGGAUCUAAGAAGAGUAACAACAACAGUAAUAAUGAUACUUCCAAAGUAUCUAGUGAAUCAGCCACAGGAAGUGGAUCUGGUUCUGGCUCUGAUAGUGAUACAGGAGGUGAAGUUAAUGUAGAAAUUGAUCUUCAACCUACCAAUACUACUAAGGGAAGAGAUGAUAGUAAUAUUACCAAUAAUUCAUAUUCUGCUAGAUUAUUGGAUAAUGAAGAAGAUCGAGAACAUCUUGAACAAGUGCCCGUAGCAGAAUCGCAACAAUUCAAACUUAAAAAUACAUUUAUCUUACCCAAAACUAACGGAGGCAUUGAUCAAUUAAAACUUAAUCGAGCAUAUAUUCGGAAUUCAUGGCAUCGUAUAGAUCUUGUUUCUACGGUAAGUUUUUGGAUCUCAUUAUUUCUUUCUAUCAAUCAUUAUGAUGCUCAACAUCAUAUAUUAUUAUUUCGAGCCUUAAGUUGUCUUCGUAUUUUAAGAUUAUGUAAUCUUACGACUGGUACUACGACUAUUUUAACAGCUUGUAAGACGGCAAUUCCACAAUUAAUUGAUGUUUCAAUAUUUAUUGGAUUCUUUUGGUUAGUCUUUGGAAUUAUAGGAGUUCAAUCAUUUAAAUCUUCCCUUACAAGACAUUGUGUAUGGACAAAUCCUAAUGAUCCUACUGAUAUAUUUAUAAAUUCUCAACUGUAUUGUGGUUCAUAUAUUGGAUUAGAUGGUAAUGCUCAACCAUAUAUUUUUAGUAAUGGAAUUCAUUCAACUUCCAUUAAGGGAUUUAGAUGUCCUAUGUAUUCUCAAUGUAUUGAAGGACAGAAUCCUUAUGCUGGUACAGUUAAUUUUGAUAAUAUCUUACAAUCUUUAGAAAUGGUUUAUGUAAUCAUUAGUGCUAAUACUUUUUCAGAUAUUAUGUAUUAUACAAUGGAUACGGAUAGUAUGGCAGCAUGUUUAUUCUUUAUAUUUGCUAUGUUCAUUUUAACGGUUUGGCUUAUGAAUGUAUUUAUUGCUGUCAUUGUUAAUUCAUUUCAUAUUCAACAUAAUAAAGAAACUCAAGAACAAUUAGUUCCUACUUCAAAGCGAGGAAUUUUAGGAUUCUUAUUCCCCUCCAAAGAUGGUUCAACUUAUGCUGAAAGAAUUAGUAAAUUAAAGGAUCAGAAUAUAUUUUUAAAGUAUUACUAUCGACUGGAAUUCAUAUUUGUAAUCCUUAUCUUUCUGGAUUUAAUAGUUCAAUGUCUUCGAAAUUAUACUAUGUCUGAUAUUAGACGACACCUGCUUUAUCGAAUAGAAGCAGCAUUUACGGUUGUAUUUCUCGUGGAGAUUGUGGCUCGAUUCCUCUUUCAUUUCCCUAACUUUCGGCUAUUCUUUGCGUCUCGAAGAAAUACUUUUGAUUUAUCAUUAGCCAUAAUUACUGGGAUUAUUAUUAUUCAACCCAUUAAGAAUAAGUUGGGUCAUGCCUAUUAUUGGUUAACUAUCUUUCAAUUACUUCGAUUUUAUCGAGUAGUACUUGCAUCUCGUAUAACUCGUAAUCUUUGGAUAAAGAUUAUGGGGAAUGUUCGAGCCAUUUGUGAUUUAGCAUUAUUUUAUUUCAUUCUUUUAGGACUUGUGAGUAUAAUUUUAUCUCGAUUCUUUGAAGGAGUUGUACCGGAAGAUGAAUUUGAUCAAGUUCCAUUUCCUAUGCAUACAUUACCUAAUGUAUUUGUAGGAUUAUAUGUUAUAACUUCUACUGAGAAUUGGACAGAGAUUCUUUAUGCCAUGACGGAGUAUUCUAAGAAUCCCAGUUCUCGAGCAUUCUCAGCUAUAUUUCUUAUUGCUUGGUUUAUUCUUUCAAAUCUGGUAAUUAUGAAUGUUUUCAUUGCCGUAAUAGCCAAUACUUUAGAAGUGUCAGAAGAAGGGAAAAGACGUAAACAACUUAUACAAUUCAUAGAUAAUAUGACUAGUCGAUUACAAACUCUUCAAGUUGAAACAGGAUGGUUGGGGAAGUUUAAAAGACGAGUAUUUAAGAGUUCUGCUCGUCGUGAUGAACUUGAACGAGCCGUAGUUAAUUUGCUCUUAACUGGUACAGCCGUUAGUGAUUUCUUAGAACAUGAAGUUGAAUCCGAUAGUGAUAAUACAAGUGUUGGAACUAGUAGUAGUGAAAGUAUGGUAGAAAUUGAUGAUUCACCAGUUAAAUCCUUACCACAAACUCCAGUAAGACGAUGGAUUUAUGUUAACUAUGCUCGAAUUAAGAAUUAUUUCCGGAAUCCAUUCUAUUCAAAUGAUAGUCGAAAACUUCCUAUAUCAUUAGAAAACUUUGACCCGGCCAAUUUUGCUCGGAAUAUCUUAACUGAACGGAACGCUUUGAUUGUUAAACAGAACCGAUUCUUGGAUCGAAAUCCGAGGUUUAAUUAUGUAUUUUAUAUUAUAUCUCCUCAUCAUUGGAUUCGAAGAAUGAGUCAAAGAAUUGUGGGGCCAUCAUAUGGUGAUAGAAUCGAUGGAGUUAAUCCCUAUAAGAGAGUCCUGGAAAUAUUCACUCUUGUUAUGUUUAUUUCUACUAUUGCUUUAGUAGUAACUGCUUGUUAUUUAACUCCGUUAUAUAGGAAAAAACAAGUUGAAUUAUAUGGCAAUUUCAAUUGGUCCUUUUGGUUAGAAGUGGCAUUUAAUGUAUUAUUUACUAUGGAAUUUCUUAUAAAAGUAUUGGCUGAUGGUUUAAUAUUUACUCCCAAUGGGUAUAUGAGAUCUUCAUGGAAUUUAAUUGAUAUGCUUGUAUUACUUUCCUUAUGGAUUGAACUUAUUGCUUUUCUUAAAGAUGAUGGGAAUCUUGCACGAUUUGUUAGAGGAUUAAAGGCAUUAAGAGCUCUUCGAUUAUUAACUGUUAGUGAGACAGCUAAGGCUAAUUUUCAUAAUACAUUAAUUUCCGGUUUUGGGAAGAUCAUUAAUGCAGGAAUCAUAUCUCUUUGUUUAUUGUUCCCCUUUCUGAUUUGGGGGUUAAACAUCUUUGAAGGUCGAUUAGGGUAUUGUCUUGAUGGUCAAUCUCCUUUAAGUAUGUGCUAUAAUGAAUAUCAAAAUGAUGUAUUUAAUUGGAAUGUUGUUAGUCCUAAUGUAUAUACUCAUCCUUAUUUGGAAUUUAAUCAAUUUGGAACUGCAUUUGCAACUUUAUUUGAAAUUGUUUCCUUAGAAGGUUGGGCAGAUUUACUUCAAAAUUUAAUGAAUAGUACUGGAGUUGGAACUGUUCCUCAGACUGAUGCUUCACCAUUUAAUGGAGUGUUUGUUAUAUUGUUUAAUUUUAUUAGUACUAUCUUCAUUUUAACAUUAUUUGUUUCAGUUAUUAUUAGUAAUUAUUCCAAGACUACUGGUCGUGCUUAUUUGACUUCCGACCAAAUCCUGUGGUAUCAUGUAAAAAAGAUUCUUUUACAAGUAAAACCAUCUAAACGGAAACUGACAACCAAUAUGUCAACUAUAAGAAGAUUUUGUUAUCGAUUAACUAUUGAAAAGAAUGUUUAUUGGACUAGAUUUCUUAAUAUCAUUCUCUUUAUCCAUGUAAUGGCACUUCUUCUUGAAUGUUAUCCAUCAUGGAUGGCUCUUGAUUUAUUUAGAAAAAUCGCUUAUACGGUGGCAGCAGGAGUAUUUCUUAUUCAUUAUCAAAUGUUAUUUAUAGCUCAAGGAAUUCAUUUAUUCUUUAAGAAUAAAUGGAAUGUAUUUGGUUAUAUAGUAGCACUUGGAGCUGUUAUUACAACAACUAAAUAUAUUGGAAUUAUGGAUGAUUCAGAAACUGAAUAUGUUAAUAUUAAUAAAUUAUUCUUAGUCGGAAUCUUAACUUUUGUUAUUCCUAGAAGUAAUAGAUUAAAUCAAUUACUUCGAUUUGCAUCUGCUAGUCUUCCAACUUUCUUAUCAUUGGCAUUUACUUGGGCAGUGGUAUUUUUAGUAUUUGCAAUUGCUAUGAAUCAAAUCUUUGGACUUACCAAGAUUGGACCUAAUGGAUCGGGAAAUAUUAAUGUUCGGUCAGUUCCGAAGGCCCUUAUAAUGUUAUUCCGGAAUAGUUUUGGUGAAGGUUGGAAUUAUAUUAUGCAAGAUUAUACGGUUGAAAGUCCAUUUUGUACUACAAGUCCUAGUAUAGAUAAUAGUGAUUGUGGUAAUAAACAAUUUGCCUAUAUCUUAUUUAUUGCUUGGAACUUGUUAUCUAUGUAUAUCUUUUUGAAUAUGUUCGUUUCAUUAAUCUUGGAUAGUUUUAGUUAUAUUAAUCACCGGUCCGGAUAUGGAGAUCUUAUUCAACGAGAAGAGAUCCGGAAGUUUAAACGUACAUGGCAGAGGUUCGAUCCCGAGGGGACAGGAUAUAUAAAGCCUAUUCAAUUACCGAAAUUACUUCAUGCCUUAGAUGGAGCUCUUUCAUUCCAUUUCUAUUCCGGAAUACUUGAGAUUCCGGUUCUUUGCAAUCAAUGGUUUAAACGGAAUGAUAUAAGUAAUCCGUAUGAUGUGACCCCGAACUACGAGUCGAUCCGGAAUACUUUGGACUGUAUGGAUAUCCCCAAGAUCCGGGAACGGAGAAAGGCCUAUGAAACAUUCAUUGAAGAAGCAUUGUUAACUAUGGAAUUGAAUAACGAUCCGGGAAUUCUGUUCACUCGCAUCUUACUCCAACUUCCACUCUAUACAUCUUUUGAAGCCGGUCAAUGUCUUAAUCUUAUCGACUUUCUUGAACGAAGAUUAUUGGUUCAAAGAGUAGAGAAACGGUUACAUACUAAACGAGUAUAUGAAACUAUUGCUUCUUAUGCUUGUAGAUGGAAGUAUCGUCAAAAUCAAAAUUUAGGGAUCCGAGAUACCAAUAUCGGAUUUGAUCUGGCCCUACACCGGAAUAGUUACUUACAUAAUGAAAAUCUUGGAGUUAAUUUAGAUCCCGAUAAUGUGAGUGUUGAUGGGUACUAUGCGAAAUCCGAGGUGCUUGACGAGGAUGCGACCGGGGUCAAUGUUGAAGACGAAGACGAUAAUAAUGAUGAUGAUGAUGAAAAGGAACAGGUUGCACCAGAACUUGAACUGGAAUCCAUUCCCGACCUUCAUCCUGAAGGUACAUAUAUCCCUCGAUCACCAAUCCGAACCUAUACCACUACCAAAAAGGAACCUACUCCAUUCCUUGAAGUUGCUAGAGGCUCUUCGGAAAUGGCUGGAGUUCAUAUUUCUCCAUUCUUAACUCAAGAAGAAAUCAAUGAACAAGAAGCUCAUCCGGAUGUAUCAUUGAUGGACUUGUCCCGGAUAGACCACAAGGAGUAGAAGUAAGAGUUGUUAGUAAAUAACCUAGAGAGUAUAUAGAAAAGUAUAAUACAGGACUAACUAUAAUACAUGACUGAGUAUAUAUAAUACACGAUUAACUAUAAU